AAAAAAAAAAUGAAAAGUAAGUACAUAGACUCGAGUGCUUCUGAUACAAUCAAUAACAGAGGCACACUUGGAUUUGCCUGGUGCAUUGGACCAUGCACCCAACCCUCGGAGAUUCAGGAAACUUAGUAUUUAACCAUUCAAAUUUUAUAUAACCAAAAAUCUUUAUCUAUAUAUGUGACAGUUUAUGGUGGGACCUUUUAAAAAGAUUCUGCACGCUCACAACCAAAGAUUCCCUCCAUCUUCAUCUUCUUUGGAUCCAGUUGUUGUUGUUGAUGAUUCUUCAAGAAAACAAGGAUUAUCCCCUCUUACACAUUUACAUAUUCUCUCUUUUGAUUACAUUUUUGAGUGUAUAUACAUACUAUUCUUGUUAUAUAUAAUAUUUGUAACUGGAUGAAUAUAUGGAUUAGUAAGAUUCAGAUGAGGUCGGCUCAAAAUCCAUCAAAACAUUUAUAAAAUAAACAAGCUAGGGGUAUGACCUUGUGGGCAAUUGGGUUUUUUAUUUUAGCUUCUGACUUAUCCCAUUUUGGCAGCUCUUUUGUUUGACAUAAUAUUUAAAAGGGAGUCGUUGGCGUUUGAUAUUGAACAACUAAGGAAGGAGAGCCUAUCAAACCACAUGCUUGCAUCAUCUCUUUUAGCCAAAUCUGCCUCAUAAUUACUUUCUAGGAGGGUAUCUUCUUCUUUCUCUAUUUGUCUGAUCAGUUUCCCUUUUCUCUUUCUCUCCUGUGCUCAUGGAAGAAAGCAACAACUCGGCCGUUGUGGAUUUCCCUGACAACUUUAUGGACCAACUCUUGUGGGAGGAGUGCAGCUGGGAAGAAGAGGCAACGCAGAAUGACCAGGCAUUAUCAUCAGGGUUGAAGGAGAGGGUGGCUUGCGCCAUGGGGCACCUGCAAGAGGUGAUGGGAGAGAGGGAGUUGCUGAUCCAGCUGUGGGUGCCUGUUGAGACAAGGAGCGGACGAGUGCUGAGCACGGAGGAGCAGCCUUACUCUAUCAACACCUUCUCCCAGAGCCAGAGCCUGGGCCUCUACAGAGACGCCUCAACUGGCUACAGCUUCGCAGCAGAGGUUGGGUCGGAGCAGCUGGUGGGGCUGCCUGGGCGUGUGUUCCUGAGGAGGAUGCCUGAGUGGACCCCAGACGUUCGGUUUUUCAGGAGGGAGGAGUACCCUCGCAUAAGAUACGCCCGUAGGUACCAGGUUCGAGCCUCCCUCGCUCUCCCACUCUUCCAAGGGACAUCCGGGAACUGCGUGGCCGUGAUGGAAAUGGUCACCACUCACCGCAACUUGGAGUAUGCCUCCCAGCUCCACACCAUCUGCCACACCCUUGAGGCCUUUGAUCUCCGGACUUCUCAAGCCUCCAUCGUUCCAGCCUCUCUCAAGGUCACUUCUUCUUCUUCUUCAUCAAGAACAGAGGUGGCCUCUAUUCUCCAAGGCAUCUGCAGUUCACACCGACUCCCUCUAGCCGUCACGUGGGCUCACCAAGACUCCUCAUCCUGCCUUUCGGCUCUGAUCUCCGCCUCUUACGCCGCUGACCAAGACAGCCGCUGCUUCCUGGCCGCCUGCUCUGAGCACCAUCUACUCGUGGGCGAAGGAAUCGCUGGAAGAGCUUUCGCUACCAAGAAACAGUGUUUCGCAACAGAUGUGGCCAUCUUCAGCAAGUGGAGCUACCCUCUCUCCCACUACGCCAGGAUGUUCCAUCUCCACGCUGCUCUUGCCGUCCCUAUCCUGACCAGAGGCAACCGCACUGUCCAAUUUGUUGUCGAGCUCUUCUUCCCGAGAGACUGUCUUGACAUCCAAACUCAGAGCCUGACCCUCGCCUCCCAACUCAACCUACGCUUCCAGAGCUCACCACAUCUGAUGGUAGACGACAACCAAAUUGCACAACAAGUGAGAGACGCAGCCACACCACCCCUGACACAAGAGGAUCCCAAGGGCAAACAAGUGUCGUUUUCCUUUUCUUCUUCUUCCUCUCUGGAGAACCGAAAACGCAAGACAAAGGCUGAAAAGGAUAUCACUUUGGACACUCUCCGACAACACUUUGCUGGCAGCCUUAAGGACGCCGCUAAAAACAUUGGUGUAUGUCCCACAACCUUGAAGAGGGUCUGCAGACAACACGGAAUCUCAAGGUGGCCAUCGAGGAAGAUCAAGAAAGUAGGACAUUCUCUUCGGAAACUGCAGGUGGUGAUGGACUCUGUUGAAGGAGUUCAAGGCUCUCUCCAUCUCGCCUCCUUCUACUCAAGCUUCCCUCAACUUCAAUCUUCUUCUUCUUCUUCUUUUCCUUUGAUUAAUCCAACCCAAACUGUCCAUGUGCCUCCAAAGUCACCACCUUCGUCAUCUGGCAGCCAGGGCUCUUCAGGUUCAAGCACUUGUUGCUCCUCCGAAGAGCAACAACUUGGUGGCUUCGAAAACCCAUCUCUCAGUCAUCCACAGCUGCUUACUCUAAGCAGCCUGCACGAGGACCAGAGGGCAGUUCGUGUAACCUCAUCCCUACCCCCAUUGCCAUCCUCAACAGCUCCAAGGAAAGCAAAAGACGGGAUGAAAGUGAAAGCUAUGUUUGGAGAUUCGAUGCUGAGGAUGAGCCUGCAGCCCCACUCACGUCUCACAGACCUCAGAAGAGAGAUCGCAAAGCGGUUUGGGAUGGACGAUGUUUUGACAAGUAACUUCAGUCUCAAGUAUCUAGACGAUGAUCAAGAAUGGGUUCUCUUGACGUGCGAUGCUGAUCUUGAGGAGUGCAUACAAGUCUACAAGUCCUCUCUUAAAGAAACUAUCAGAAUAUUGGUUCACCGUCCUCUUUCUCUUCCUUCCUUUGGUUCUUAACUAAAAAUCCUAAACCCUUUUGGCUAAUUCCAUCAUCGUCACCAAUCUAUUUAUUUUGGCUUGGUUUGUAUAUCUUUUUUACAUAUGCAACAUACUUUGUUUGAUCUAAAAGUAUUCAUAAGUUGUUGAAUUCUUGUGGUCCCUUUUCCCCCCUUCAAAUACUAUAUAAGAUACUAGCUUUCUUUGAAGCUA